ACGUCACUCCCGGGCGACAGGCGGCACGUCUGCUGGGCUUUCGGCGGGCUUUUGGCGGGCUUCCAGGGGGCAGUCAUGGCUAUGGCUAGCGAUUUCUACCUGCGCUACUACGUAGGGCACAAGGGCAAGUUUGGACACGAGUUUCUGGAGUUCGAGUUUCGGCCAGACGGAAAGCUUAGAUAUGCCAACAACAGCAAUUACAAAAAUGAUGUCAUGAUCAGAAAAGAGGCUUAUGUACACAAGAGUGUAAUGGAAGAACUGAAGAGAAUUAUUGAUGACAGUGAAAUUACAAAAGAAGAUGAUGCUUUGUGGCCUCCUCCUGACAGGGUUGGCCGACAGGAGCUUGAAAUUGUAAUUGGAGAUGAACACAUUUCUUUUACCACAUCAAAAAUUGGUUCUCUUAUUGAUGUAAAUCAGUCAAAGGAUCCUGAAGGCCUUCGAGUAUUUUACUAUUUGGUACAAGACCUGAAAUGUUUAGUUUUCAGUCUCAUUGGCUUACAUUUCAAGAUUAAACCAAUUUAAAGUGUAUGUUUUUGAAACUGUUUGUAUAUUUAAUUAAGGAUUGGGUAAGGGAAGGUUUAUUUGUCAUUUACAAUAUUGGAAUUUGUAUGAAUGUGAAGCAAACAAAAAUCAUUUUUGUAUGUAAACUGAAAAUAAGAAAGUACAUAAACAAGCUUACUAGUUAUUCUCACUUGGAUCUAAGUGGGGUGGGAAGUCCCCAGAAACAUGAAAUUUUGUAAAUAUAAAUCCCCUUUUGUUGGAAUUUUGCCUCAAUAAAAUACAUCAAAGCCUGGA